UUUUUUAAAUAUAAAAGUAAUUCCUCGAUUUUCAUAGGAACAAAGUUUACUGAAAGAUUCAAUAUUUUAUAAAUUUCUGGAUUACUAAAAAGUGAAAAACGACAGACAUGGAUCCGAGUAUUUUAGCAAAUAUGGACCGUGAAGCACUUAAAAAACAAAUUGAAAACAUGAAAUAUCAAGCAACUAUGGAGCGUUGGCCUUUAUCAAAAUCUAUCGCCGCGAUGCGUGAGUUUAUAGAGGAGAAUGAGAAGAAUGACCCACUGAUUCACGCUGUCGACAAGAAAAACAACCCGUGGGCUGAGAAGGGAAAAUGCAUAAUCAUUUAAAUAACCUUUUUUAUUAUAAUUGCCAAAGCGUUUUGUAAAAGUUUCUAUGGUUUUUGGAUUAAGUUCAAACGUGAAUGGAGUAAACAUGUAACGACGAAAAUUCGAUUAACAUUUAAUGUCACAAAAUUUCUAGGAAGGUUUUUCAAUCAAAGAAAGUAUAAUUAAUAGAAUUAAUUUAAUUAAGAUAAGAAUUUCAAUAAACGUUUUUUUUUAACUCGUGCUAAUUAAGAUCGUUAUAUUUAUGAUGAAGAAAAAAGUAUAAAAUGUAUUUGCAAGCUUUUUGAGGCGUUAAACUUUUAAGACGACAUGCUAUGGCCAAGCCAGAAGAAGAAUUGCGCAUUGACAAUUUCAUCAACUUAGAGGAUAAACGAAGAAGUUUUACUCCGUCAUUCGAACGAAAUUAAAUAAAAAAUAUCUACGCCUGGCACCAUCCAUCGAACAGCAAUGCAAUGCAACCUAAUACACACCAACCGCCCCAACUUAUAUUCUUAAAAAAAUUAGAACUCUCCUUAAAUAAAUUUAAAAAAGUUGUCACUUCAUCUACUCGCUAUACCUACUCUUAAUUUUGAUCUAGAACUAGUAUCUAGUAUUAAUAAAUAAUAAUCUUAUUAUUACCCUCAUCACUGCAUAAGAAUGAAAAUAUUAUUAAAUACUUAUGUCAAAACAUUAAUUCACAUUUUCCUUUUGGUAGUAACAUUACAUACAUUCCAGAAAAUAAUUGUAAAACAAAUAAUUAUUUGAAUACUAUAUUAAAAUUAUUAGAAAUUGUUAUUUGGAGACUGUAAAAUGAUUUUAAUAUAAAUUUGCAGCUAAGAAUCUAAAAAAGAAAAGAAAAAGAUCUUCUAUAACUUUUGAAUUAUUUUAUUCAAUUUAUAGGUAAUGCUUUCGAAAUACCUAUCAACUGAAUAAAAUAAAAUGUGUAAAAAGUAUUAGAAGUUUUUUUUUUCAUUUUUCGAUUCUUAUUUUCUUACACUACAUUAAAAGUUUAAAACAUCAUGCUGAUCAAUUUCUCAAAAUUUCAUUUACAAUAGUACAACAAUUAACCUGAUAGCUUCAGAAAACAUAAAUUGAGCAUGUCUGAAAUUUUAUUAAGAUUUUAGUAAUAGCAGGAAAAAAUUCAAACGCGUUCUUUGUGAAUUAGAUUUUCUUAGCCUAUCAAGGUUUUCCUUAUGAUAUUUUUCAUUUCAUGUAUUUUUAGACGCAGAUUUAAAAUAAUGAUAAAUGGACCACUUCAAUACAGGUUUUCUUCUGAUAAUCCUAUGUUUCUAAGAUUUUGUACUUAAUGUUGUAUCCUUUAUUUUCUUUUAUGCUGAGAUUACGCGAUUUAUCUUUUACUUGGAAAGCAAAAACGAAUUAUCAAAAGUAAAACUUGUUCAACAGUCUUGUACAAUUUUAUUGUAAACAGAAGAGGCUUACGAGCAUAUUAAGGAAUUUGAUUAAAUAAAGAUAUAAAUUUAAUUAUUAAAGUAAAACAAAAUA